AUGUUCCCGUUGGCCACACACGAAAGCCCUGUGCGGUGGAACACGAUGUUGCACGACCUGCUGCACAGUCUCGGUCUCGCCCCAACACCCGCCGUAGAGGCGUCUCUGAACACACUUACCUCGUACGCGGAGUCGCCGCUUGGUCUCUACAGUGAUGCCAGCAGUGGAGUGCGGGAUGCCAAGGCAUACACCGCACUGCUCCUCGCACUGCAUAAUGCCACAGCGUCGUGGCCGGCUGCGUUGCGUGACGCCCUCACGCCAUCCGUUGUGCAUGUUGGAAAGAAUGUUGUGCCCGUGUGUGGGCCGGCGAUGGAGAUCUUUGUUGUCUUGUACAACGCGGCUGUCAGUAACUGUAAUGCCGGGUGUGAGGCAAUGGCUCGGGCACGUGUGGAACAGGCAUGCAGCCCACCACGCAGAAUCAGCGGCAGCAGUUCCCCAACAACAACACCCAGUGCAAGCAGUAAAGCCGCAUACAAGAGUUUUACCGCAGCCGCAGAACUCGCAUUAUGUGCGGAACAGGCGCUGGCAGGGGAGUCUGAUAAACUUCUUUCUGCUUCAGACCGACAUUUGGUGCGGCAGAAUUUUGACUUUCGUGCCCUGCACGAGUACGCCCAGUUAUGUGCUGCCCUUGCCAAGUAUGUCUACUCCACAACAUCUGGUGCGGUGUCAAAGAAACAUGACACCCUCGGGAAGUUAGCACACGAAGUUUCCGUUUUGAGAGUUCCCACGUCACUUUCGUCAGACUCUAUGCAAAUGUUGCCGACACUGCUGCUUGCAGCGUAUCACCGCCACCGUGCAGAGCACUACAACCGUGCUGCAAAGGUUCCUGAUAUGUCCCUUGUGCUAGGCCACAUUGCAUACGCCUGGCGACUCGUAGAUGAGGUGCAACAACAUUGUAUAGAGAAAAUGAAAUCAUCAUCAUCAUCAAAAAAUAAACAGCAACGUAAUGGUUGGCAGUUACUUGGACGAUUAAGUGCUACUCUCAUAGGAGGAGGAGGAGGAGGAGCAGAAACUGGGGGGAAAUGGGGUAGGAACAAUAAUGAUGAGGAUGAUCAGCCUGAACCGUUCGCGAAACUCACUGAAUUUUUGCAGGAGUCCGAUCUUAUAAAGAUUUUUCCUCUUGUUGAAGUUCUUAUUUCUGAUAUUGCUAAAUUACACGAAAAGUAUCAGCAUGAAAAUUCAGUUAUCUAUUUUACACGCCCUGCAUCAGAGGAAGAUGUGAUUGCCGAUACUCCUGAAGCGGCUGAGGCGCUUAGCGGCUACACUACCCCUUCUGAAAUUGUGUCUUUGGCAGUAAAGAUUAAUGCUGAUUUGAACACGUUUGGUGAGCUACCCACAGCGGAGAUGCUGCGUGAAGUGCAACAGGAACAAGGAAAAACCCGUGAAAUGAGGGAGGAAGCACAACGUCGACUAGAUCAGGUUCAACAGCUUGUGAAGAAAAUAAAGAGUGUACUUCGAAUGCCCCCAGAAGUUAAGCUAAAGUUGCAGAAGCUUGAAAAACAGCUACACCACAAAGGAGACUUCACUUUUGAUGCACUCGCCGUUUACAUGGAUGAAACGCACGACAAGGUUAAGCAAGUGAUGGAGAACCAUGAAGAUGUUAGUUCUGACCUCUACCGCGCCAAAUGUGAAUACAUCGGUGAGUAUGUUGCUCCUUUUAAGAUAACCGCGGAGUUGCAGGAGCGGGAACGUCUUUGGCGUACAAAGGCAGAUGCGGCGCGUGAUGGAGCAGCAAAGUUCUUAUUGCAUCGUCGUGAUUUGGCACUGUGUGAUGCGCUUCUAUUACCACUCCCAGUGGAGUUGCGGGAAAGUUUACCGCAAGCAGAGUCUGCAGCUGCGCAAGCGAAGGAGGUACUUGCAUCCAACACCAGUACUAGAUCAGAGAUUACUUCUAUUCUUUCGCUUUUGAAAAAGGUACAGGAUGCAUGUACGGCAGCGAUGGAUGAGACACCUCCUCAUUGGGAGCACGUUGAGCAGGCGUUGCAAGACUUGGAGACGGUGAUAGUUGAUGCUCGUGAACUUACAAGGGAUGUGGAAAGCGAAACGAAGCGAAUGGAGCGGGAGAAGAGCCGUAUUGUUGUGACACCACUACGCCGUCUGCACGAUGUGCAAUUCGAGACAAAUGGACAAACGGGGAAUGUUCGUGGUCGCCGCGGGACAUCCGCAAAAGCAACAUCAACAGCAACUGUAUCACAGAAAACAACAGAGAAAGUGACAAGGAGAGGCCGUAAAAGAAGUCCUUCUUUGGGGGAAGUGAAGAAAUUACUGAAACUGGAGGAGAGUGAGAAGGAUGAAAGUGAGGAGGAGAAUAAAGGCAUCACAGUACCUCGGAAAACAAGAGGCGCAUCUCGGGCUAAAAAAACUGCUACGAUACCCGAAAUUACUAGCACAAAAGAACUUCCAGUGGCAUAUGUGGCGCCUAUUCUGCGUCGUCGCAUUAUGGAACGGCUAGAGAGUUCAGAUAGCAGUGAAAGUAGCCGUGAGAAUAGUGUCGAGAAAGGCAGACGUCAAAGAAAACCUUGUCGAUAA